AUGGCCAAACCAAUAGUAUUUAGUUUUAUCAUGAUAGCUCUUCAUUGUGUAGAGCCCGCGAGGAUAUUAGGCGUCUUCCCGACGCCAUCCAUCAGCCACCAGGUCAUAUUCCGUCCCAUAAUGCAUGAACUUGCGAGGCGAGGACAUGACGUCGUCGUCAUAACCCCGAACCCAGCCUUUCCACCUGGCAAAGCACCGGCCAACCUCACUGAAAUAGAUGUCCACGACGUCUCGUACACCCACGUAGAUAAAUUAUUCUCCUUACAAAGAGGGAGCAAGAAUGACAUCGUGAUACAAUUUGCGAAGAUUCUGGAAGGCAUGUCAUUCAUAUUUGACAACCAGCUUCAAGUACCAGCGGUGCAAAGAGUACUCAAGGAAGCGGACACAUUCGAUUUAGUAUUCGUGGAGUCGUGUGUAAGAGCGGCUUUAGCCAUUAGUCACGUUAUUAAAGCCCCAACAAUUCAGAUAAGUUCGUUGGGAGUUUCAGCAGCCCAGUACACUCUAACUGGAGCUCCAAUCCAACCAUUCCUUUACCCGACACCACUGCAGCAGCGUCUUUACAACCUAACGCUUUACGAGAAGCUGAAGGAAAUGAUUAGCUUCUCUUCUAUCGUGCGGAGCAUAUACACAUCUGAACAUUUAGAUUACGCAGUGGCCAGAAAGUAUUUUGGCGAAAUACCGAGGUUUGAGGAAAUCUUCACUAAUUCGAAAAUGUUAUUUAUUAACGAACAUCCUCUAUGGGCUGACAAUCGUCCUGUUUCGCCGAAUAUACUGUACAUUGGAGGAAUCCAUCAGAGUCCAGAGAAACCAUUACCAAAUGAUUUGAAAACGUAUCUAGAUACAUCGAAGAACGGGGUAAUUUACGUCAGUUUCGGCACAAACGUGAAACCAAAGAUGCUUGACGUUGGCCAAGUAAAGAUGAUGGUUGACGUGCUUUCAAAUCUACCUUACGACGUUUUAUGGAAAUGGGACAACCAAACUCUAAUUAACCGCUCUGAUAAUAUUAUAAUAUCCAAAUGGUUUCCGCAGGCUGAUCUACUAAAACAUCCCAAUGUUAAACUAUUUAUCACUCAAGGCGGAUUACAGUCGACUGAUGAGGCAAUAGAUGGUACUGUGCCACUUAUAGGAAUACCAAUGAUGGCCGACCAGUGGUACAACGUCGAGAAAUACGUGAGACACAAUAUUGGAAAACAGCUAGAUUUCUCUAGCCUUACUGCUGAUGACUUUCGGAAUGCCGUUGAGACCGUUAUAAAUAAUCCAAGCUACAAGGAGAACAUAAUUCGUCUCCGUUCUAUGAUGCGGGACCAACCGAUGAAGCCUUUGGACCAAGCUAUCUUCUGGACAGAACACAUCCUCAAGUACGGUGGUGAUCAUCUUCAACCGCUGAACUUCGGCGACUAUGGCCUGUACGAAUAUUAUGAAGGAACUCUGGUGCUUACCAUUUUAUCAGUAUUACUACUAUCUGUCACGACACCGGUAUUAAUCUUAGUCUUCCUGUGUAAUUACCUAAGACGUAGCUUUUCAGUGAAAAUUAAGACAAGCUAA